AUGCUCGGAGAGCAGCCACUGGAAGCAAGCGGAGCCAUUUGCGUGCGAUCCGCCCGCUUCGCCGUCCUCUCCCUGGCUUCUGCGCACUUCUACUGCUUGCAGCACGCUUCUAUUACCUUCUCGAGGCUUCUCAGAAACCUCGCCCAUCAGAAUUUCACUAUAACAGCUUCGGAUGCUCGGAGAGCAGCAUCUCCAGCAUAA